AUGCCUGCUUGGCACUCGAAGCAUUACGGUCGUGGUAAUGCCGGUUCGUAUCAAUCCUCAGGCAGCCAUCAGAACUGGCAAAGUGGCAAAGGCUACGGCAAAGGCAGUCACUACGGGAAAGGAUUCGGAAAUCCAUACCGUGCCUCCCCUUACCAGCAUGGGCGGCAAGGGGGCCUUGAACAAGCAAUUCAAGGCUCCUUCCAGGCAGCUCUCCACUCCACUCUCGAAGGGGCCAUCACGGAAGGGUUCGCGUUGCUGACCAACAAGCUCACGAGUGCCGAUGGAGCCGAAAAGCCAGCGCCUGCUGCACCGUCGGCUCGAGUUGGAAGCAAGCUCACUCGUGCCAUCGUGGGGCUCUUUGGCGGCUCGCAAGAGAAAGAAGCCACAGUUCCUUCGGAGCCUUCUACUUCUACUGCACCGCCAGAGGCUACUGACGUGGCUUUGAAAGCUAUGUUGGAGCAACAAUCGCAGACCAUGCAGAUGAUGAUGAGCCUCGUGCAGUCUUCCAUGAAGGCUACACACGAUGACAAGCCAACAGCAACAGAAACUCUCAAGGCGGAUGAGACGAACAACACAGAGUCUACAGCAAAGGAUGCUUUGAUCUUGCAGCUACAGCAGGAAAUUGAGAACCUGAAGAAGCAGACCGGCAGGAGAAUGGGUGGGUUGAGUACAGAAUUCCUGCUGUACAAGAUCAGUCUUUCGCUUCAGCUCAGC